AUGUCGCUGCCAGACAUGAUCAACGUGCUGGUAAACCACUCACUACAAAACAUGACCCAUGACCGCAGUCUCGUCACAUGGACCCGGCGCUCACGUUUGAACGGGCACAGAGCAUUUCACCUUGAAAGAAAAACAGCAGGACUGGAACGAAGAGCACGACUCUGGAAGUCCCUACUGAAGAUUAAAAGCCAUAUUCUCUGUGGCAUCUCAGUUACCUCCAUCAUGGCAGAGACUCGACCAAUACCUGCACAAACUGAGGUGCCUUCAGAGUCUCCGGAGGUGGAGUGUCCAGUUUGCUAUCAGGAGUACGACCAGGACUCCAAACUCCCACGCAUGCUAGAAUGCCUUCACGUCUUCUGCACGGAAUGUCUCUGCAAAAUCCAGCUCACUCCUUUGCACCCGCCCGACCCCAACAGCGCCCCCUCAAUCUCCUGCCCCCUGUGCCGCCACUCCACCCCGCUACAGUGUGGUGAUGCAUACUCUCUCCCUUGCAACUCACGGAUUCUUUCCCAGUUGCCUCCCGUAGCCUUUCAUCUGCCUGCGUCGGUGUCUGCCCGGCUGGCCACGGUGACCCAGCGCUUGGUGCUAUCUCUGGGGGAGAGGGAUACCCGAUUCAUAAUCCUGCCCACUGUUAGUCUGAGAGUGGAGCAGAUGGGAGAAGGCACAGAAUUGGUAAACCCACCUAGGGUGCUGCUCCGAGAAAUUGAGGUUCUGAGGAGACACAAGAAUACCGUGAUGUGCGUUCAGGUUCUGGCUGUCAUCUUCUGGAUUAUGUUUGUGCUGACUUGUGUGAUUGGGGUUGUGUUUGGGUCAAGCCUCUUUCAUAAUUGA